AUGAAGUGUUCGCCACUGCCAUUUGUUGCUUUCUUACCGGGCUGUGAGUGGGAAUGGCUCAGUAUAGAAUGUAGCGAUGUGAGCGAUGUGAAUACUUGCUGUACGGGUCUAGGAAAUGAGUUAUAUAUGUCUGCAGGAAGCACGCAUGGUGACCCAGUGUAUGCAUGGAGUGUCCAAGGCGAUGACGAUGGAUGUGCGGUGGUACUGGGUCGUGAUGAUAACUGUUGGUCAGUGGACAACGGUGUGAUGUCGAUCAGCGCUGUCAGCUUGCGAACAGGAUCCAAUAGGAGAGGUCUGCCAACUGUGGUAAAGGCAAACUACUACGUGUACCGUAACGGAAGCACAAAGUACCGAUUGCCUAUCGGCAGCGAGCACGCAGAGCAAUAUACCGCAUUGGAGGAUCCCAUUUCAAAGGCGAACUUCUUAGCCACUCAUGGGGCUAUGAUUGAGACGCAAUAG